CUCUCACUCGGUCACUCACAGGCUCCCACUCAACACAGAGCUUCAGCUUCCGUCACUCUCCACCCUCCACCCAUAGUCACGCUCUCACUCACACCCGCAGUCUCGCACAGACGGCCUCACCCUUCACGAUCGCACUUCCGUCCUCACCCCUCACGCUCGCAGAGUCGCAGUCACCGUCGCUCUUCGGUCCUCCUGGGUUCUAGCCGCCGCUGCUGCUCCGUCUAGCUGUCGUCGCUGCUGGUCUCGGUCCUGGGCUCCUGGGUCCUGUCCUCUCGCUCUCUGGCCUCUGGGUAUGUUCGUCGGUCCUCUAGCUCUCUGGGUCUCCUUGUCUGUCCUCAUCGCCGCUGCUCCUCGCCUCCUCUGUCCUGGUCCUCGGCUCGUCACCACUCCUCUGUUCUGAGAUGGGUGAGGAGGUGAAAGCAAUUGUUCCCGAGUCUGUGCUUAAGAAGCAGAAGAGGGAGGAGGAAUGGGCCUUGAAGAAAAAGGAGGAGCUUAAUGCUGCAAAGAAGAAGAGAGCUGAGAGCCGCAAGCUCAUUUACAGCAGGGCAAAGCAAUAUGCAAAGGAAUACCAGGAGCAGGAAAAGGAACUGAUCCAAUUGAAGCGGGAAGCAAAGCUGAAAGGUGGAUUCUAUGUUGAUCCAGAGGCUAAACUCCUGUUUAUCAUCCGCAUCCGUGGUAUCAAUGCCAUGGACCCCAAGUCAAGAAAGAUCUUGCAGUUGUUGAGGUUGAGACAGAUCUUCAAUGGUGUGUUCCUCAAGGUUAACAAGGCCACAAUGAACAUGCUUCACAGGGUUGAACCAUAUGUGACCUAUGGAUACCCAAAUCUGAAGAGUGUAAAAGAGCUUAUUUACAAGAGGGGCUUUGGUAAGUUGAACAAGCAGAGAAUUGCCCUAACCGAAAAUAACAUCAUUGAGAAGGCACUGGGCGAACAUGGAAUCAUCUGCAUCGAAGAUCUUAUCCAUGAGAUCAUAACAGUUGGACCCCAUUUCAAGGAAGCAAACAACUUCCUUUGGCCAUUUAAGCUCAAGGCUCCAUUGGGUGGCUUGAAGAAGAAGAGGAACCACUAUGUUGAAGGAGGAGAUGCCGGAAACAGGGAGAACUACAUCAAUGAGCUUAUCAGGAGAAUGAAUUAGGCUGUGGACUUCUGUUCCAAGCAUAGUGGAUUCAGUCUUUUAUUGGCAUUGAAAUUUUGGAAGUAGUUCAUUUCUGACAUUGAUAAAAUCUUUGUUUAAGGUUUAUUUUUUUUUUCAUUUUACAAAACAUGAGUUGUAAAGCUUCAGUUCUUAGCUGCCUUGAAAACUAAAUUAGCAGUGAUAGUGUCAUGCAAUUGUAGUAGCUUCAUGCAAUUUUUACCAAGGUGGUAAUGAACUUGGUUUAAAUAUCUAA